AUGACGGAGAUACUUCACAACGCGCCCAUUGUCCUGGACAAUGGAUCGGGCACCAUCCGUGCCGGGUUCGCCGGCGACGACCUUCCCAAGUGCUUCUUCCCCUCCUGGGUUGGACGGCCGAAGCACCUCAGAGUUUUGGCUGGCGCCCUGGAAGGCGACGUAUUCAUCGGGCAAAAAGCCGCCACGGAACUGAGGGGGCUUCUGAAGAUUCGCUACCCCCUGGAGCACGGCAUUGUCACAGACUGGGAUGACAUGGAGAGGAUAUGGGAGUACGUUUACGGCGAGGGGCUCAAGACGUUGAGCGAAGAGCAUCCUGUUCUGCUGACGGAACCGCCUCUAAACCCCCGGAGCAACCGCGACACCGCGGCCCAAAUACUUUUCGAGACUUUCAACGUCCCCGCCCUGCACACGUCCAUCCAAGCUGUCCUGUCAUUAUACGCCAGCGGCCGCACAACCGGCAUCGUCCUGGACUCGGGCGACGGGGUCUCGCACGCUGUCCCCGUCUACGAGGGGUUCGCCAUGCCCAGCAGCAUCCGGCGAAUCGACGUGGCUGGUCGCGACGUGACCGAGUACCUGCAGACCCUGCUGCGGAAGAGCGGCUACGUGUUCCACACAAGCGCCGAAAAGGAGGUGGUGCGGCUGAUCAAGGAGAGCGUGUCCUAUGUUGCGCACGACCCGAGAAAAGAGGAGAGGGACUGGAUCGGCAUCAAGCCAAACGAGAGCAAGUUUGCCGAAUACGUCCUACCGGACGGCCACAAGCUCAAGAUUGGCCCCGAGCGCUUCCGAGCUCCAGAGGUCCUGUUCGACCCCGAAAUCAUCGGCCUCGAGUAUCCCGGCGUCCACCAAAUCGUGGUCGACGCCAUCAACAGGACGGACCUGGACCUGCGCAAGUCGUUGUACAGCAACAUUGUCCUCUCUGGCGGCAGCACCCUGACCAAGGGCUUCGGCGAGAGAAUACUGACCGAGCUGCAGAAGCUUGCGGUCAAGGACAUGAGAAUAAAAAUCUUUGCGCCCCCCGAGCGGAAAUACUCGACGUGGAUUGGGGGAAGCAUUCUCGCCGGAUUGAGCACAUUCCGCAAGAUGUGGGUAAGCAUCGACGACUGGCACGAGAACCCGGACAUUAUCCACACCAAAUUCACUUGA